UCUGCUAGUUUUUCUCUGGCAUUACUUGGAGACAUUUUCGCUCACAAAUUAGGAGUCCAGCUUCUAGCGCGCUUAGCCUAGUUUGAUCGGAAGUGUUUAGAGUUGGAAGGUUAUUUUUUUUAAUUCGGGUUCCGCAAAGAUGGAUGAUUGGGAGGAUGAUCCUAUUCCAUCCCUUCUUAAGAAGGACCAACCUAUAAGUGCUUGGGACGACGAGGAUGUAGAAGAAAAUGACAUAAAAGAAUCAUGGGAGGAAGAAGAUGAACCUACUUCUGCACCUGCAUCAGAUCCCCUUGCUGAGAAGGUUUCCAAAAAGAUUGAAGCAAAACCUAGUCAAGAAAAGAAAAUAACUGCCAAAGAAGUCAAGCAGGAGCCUCUGGAUCCUGUAGCAGAGAAGCUUCGACAACAGAGGCUCGUGGAAGAAGCUGAUUAUCAGUCCACCACAGAAUUGUUUGGAAAAAGGAGUGAUGAGAAAUCUCUUGGCAAUUUCAUUCCUAAGUCUGAAAAUGAUUUUGUGGAAUAUGCAGAGCUUAUUUCUCAUAAACUCCGUCCAUACGAGAAAAGCUUUCAUUAUGUAGGAUUACUGAAGGCAGUGAUGAGGCUGUCAAUGACAACUCUAAGAGCAUCUGACGCAAAAGAAAUUGCUUCUUCUGUCACAGCAAUUGCGAAUGAGAAACUCAAAGCAGAGAAAGAGGCUAAUGCUGGCAAAAAGAAAGGUACAAAGAAGAAACAACUUCACGUUGACAAAGCAGAAGAUGACAUUAUUGCUGAUACAUAUGAUGGUGCGGAUGACUAUGAUUUCAUGUGAGCCCUGCCGUAACUCCAUUUCAGGAGUCCAGAAGUUUAAUAUAAUAGAGGAAUUGGGAUGAGUAUCUUCCCGGCUUGAGUUCUUGAAAUUGAUUCGAGUGUGAUGAUAUGCAUUAUGCGGUAUGUCUGAUAAGGUGAGAGGGUUUUGCGUUUGUCAUUUUUUUUAUUGAAUGGUACUCGAGGGCCUCGACUUCGCAAAUCUCUUUUAAACGCUUUCAUUGUUUUAAAUGGCAGCAAGGCAAACGCUUGUCUUACUGCUUAAUCACAUAGAAAUAAGUAUAAAUGAGGUAUUAUGGCAUCA